AUGGAGCGCCCGGAUAAAGCGGCGCUGAACGCACUGCAGCCUCCUGAGUUCAGAAGAAAUGAAAGCUCAUUAGCAUCUACACUGAAGAUGCUCCUGUUCUUCACAGCUUUAAUGAUCACUGUUCCUAUUGGGUUAUAUUUCACAACUAAAUCUUAUAUAUUUGAAGGAGCCCUUGGGAUGUCCAAUAGGGACAGCUAUUUUUACGCUGCUGUUGUUGCAGUGGUCGCCGUCCAUGUGGUCCUGGCCCUCUUUGUGUAUGUGGCCUGGAACGAAGGCUCACGACAGUGGCGUGAAGGCAAACAGGAUUAAAGUGAACAUCACCUUUUGAUAGCAUUAAAUUCAUUUUUUAAAAUGAUAAAUGCUGGAGGGGGGACAUCUGAUUUGAAUAAAGUUGAAAGAACAUGUUAAAAAGUAAUC